AUGCCCAAGAACCUCCCCCUCGGCCUGGGCGGCCUCGUCUUGCUGGCCACGUCCAUCCUGUUCCUCUUCUUCACCAUCCUCGCCGGCGUCAGCAACUCGACGCCGCUCAACAAGACGUACUUCCUGCGCGCCGACACCAGCGGCAUCACGGGGGCCCGGGCCUCGUCCCAGUGGACCUACUUCUACGUCUGCGGCGACGGCAACCUCGACUGCACCGGCGCCAAGGCCGCCAUGCCCUUCGGCUGGGCCUGGGCCAGCGGCGCCAGCAACGUGCCCGACGGCCUGGGCGGCAGCUACGGCUCCGGCACCACCUCGUACCACUUCUUCUACCUGUGGCGCUUCGGCUGGGUCUUCUUCCUCAUCACCCUCUUCUUCGAGGUCCUGGCCUUCUUCUCGGGCUUCCUGGCCUGCUGCGGGCGUCUAGGCGCCGCCCUCAGCUUCUUCGUCGCCGCGCUUGCCCUCGUCUUCCACACCGUCGCCUCGUCCCUCUUCACCGCUACUUUCGUCAAGGCGCGCGACCGGUUCCACGACGCCGGCCGCGACGCCUCUCUCGGAGCGUACGGCUUCGGCUGGGUCUGGGGCAGCUACGCCGCGCUCCUGCUUGCCACCAUUCUGUUUGCCCUGGGCAUCCGGGGCGACGGCAGCAGCGGAGGCGUCUUUGGCCGCAAGCCUAGCACGCGAUCCCUCGAAGGCCGCCGGGUCAAGGACGAAUACUCCUAA